AUGUGGGUGAACACGGUCCAGGUGCAUGAAAGUCAAGAGCCAUCAUACUCAUCGGAUGCCAUAGAACCCAUGAGCAAACUGCACUUAUCCCCGUCGGAAACCGUCCUCAACUAUGGACAGGCACUUUUUGAAGGUCUCAAAGCGUUUCGGCGCGAGGACGGCUCGAUCGUAAUGUUCCGUCCACAAAUGAACGCUGCCCGCAUGCAACAGGGGGCCCGUCGCUUUUUAUUACCCCCAGUUCCGACCGAUGUAUUUGUCAAAGCGGCAGAGUCGGUUGUUCGGGCGAACGCUCGAUGGGUUCCACCGCAUCAAAAAGGAGCUUUGUAUUUACGCCCACUGCUAAUGGGAACUGGGGCCGGAUUGGGCGUGAAACCCAGCACUGAAACCACGUUUUGCAUAUUCUGUUCUCCGGUUGGUAAUUACUUCAAGGGUGAUUUGAAAGCGAUUCGUUUACAAGCGGUCCGGGGCUACAGUCGCGCAGCUCCUGGUGGUAGCGGCGCCGUCAAGGCAACUGGUAACUACGCACCCGCUUUCUUGGCGCAGAAACGAGUGAAAGAACGCGGGUUUGACGAAAUUCUGUGCCUUGAUGCCGUCACGGGGGAGGCGGUUGAGGAAGCGGGGGCGAGUAACUUCUCUGCCAUUUUUCCUAACAACACAAUUGUCACACCAACUUUGGAUACCGAGACAAUUCUCCCAGGAGUUACCAGAGAGUCCAUAAUGGAGCUGGCAAAAACAGAAUGUGGUUACAAAAUAAUUACUGGACGACUGACCCUUGAUGAUUUGCGAGAAGCCAGAGAGGCCUUUUGCUGUGGAACGGGUGCCGUAAUUACCCCGGUUGGUUGUGUGAGUAUCUUGAAUGGAGAGAGAAACGAGGACAUGAUAAUACUUGGUAACGGAUAA